GUUCGAUGCAAAACUGAGUGAACCGCGUACAGUGACGUUGGAAAAAUCUCGCAAAAAAAAUUAACUUCAAUACAAAAUUCAGUGGACACGGCCAGAUAAAACCACCACACAGCCAAAUUCUAAGUACCGAUAACCAGCCAGUAUAGAAGCGAAAUCAGCAUGGCUUAUUCCACACAGAAUAUGUAUCAGAUGUUCGACAUCAUUCCAAAUUUCAUUAGAAAAAUGUUUCCCUUAUCAUUGAAAACAUAUCCAUCUUGUACGAAUACAAUGGCAUGGGACAUAAGAGACGAGAUACGGUCAACAUACAUAUUGAGGAUGGUACAUCAAAGGGACAAUCAAAAAGCUGCGAUUGAUGACAAUGCUUACGGCGGACGUAAUGUGCCCUUUAAUAUGGUAAAAGAUGGUCAUGAAUGUAGGUCAGAACCGCUUCCGAAAAAAUCUAGUUCUAAAAUCAAUACGUCGAAACUACGCAUUCCGAACAGUCGAUCCGAGCACAUACUAUGCGUUACUAAUAUAAACGACAUAGAUUCAUCCAAUUCCCGACCAUCUAUUACGCAAUCUAUUACUUCGAAACAAUGGCACAUAGAUCAUUCAAACCGUCAACCGAAAUCAAUUUACCGCAAAAGUUAUCGCAGUUCGAACGAAAAACUCCGCUCAGUUUGCGGAACUCCUCGUAUGUCCCGACAAACCAUGGAAACGUUGAUGGAUUCCACGUCCAAUGUUGAUUUGAACGGGAAAUCGAUCACUAAACACUCGCAAAAAUCUGCAGCCGCUAAAUCACCCGUUCAACGGGAAUAUCAAUUGUUAGCACAGAAAUUUCAUCAGUAUACCAUCAAUUGUCGCUCAACGAUUCAGACACUUGAAAAGAAAUUGAAAAAAUUAGUCGAAGACAAGCAUGCACUUCUGCACGGUAUGGUGUCACUGCGGAAAGGUCAAAAAGACGUUAUCCGAAAAUAUCGAAAAAUUUUCAACGAUGCAAUGAAUUUUUGUUCCAUUCUAGGAGCACUGUAAUGAAAUCAAUGCAUUGUUGGCCAACUAUAAAGUCAUUCGUGACAAUUACAUGGAGCUUUUACAACAGAACACAACCACCACCGAUAAAAGUCGAAAAAGUGACGAAGUGUUAAGUGUUUCUUAUACCAGUUACAACUGCUGUUGAAGUUCGUUUUCUUGACCAAUAAAGAUGUAAAUGUGA